AUGGAAGAUAUAGCAGGAGCAUUAGAACUAGUAAGUAUACAGGAAGAAAUACGGAAUUCCUUUAAGGAAGAUAACAAGAAUAUAAUAUUCUGUGGGGGGCUGGCGCCAGAAAGCACUUCAUAUGUUGUACCAAGAUACGAAGGAAAGUCAAUAAAUAUAGAGGUGAAUGCGUUCAUGAAUACUACGAAAGAAAUAGUAAGUCAAAUAGAGCUGGCAAAAGAUUCAAUUCAGAGCACACGAAAUGAAAAUAUUGAAGAAGAUAGAUGCAUGAUAGCUAUACGUACUGGGGAAAUACUUACAGCAGGAAGAGCAGAGAAGGCAUGCAAAAUGGUUUUCCAACACUCCACAGUAUCACUGGUGCAUUUUAUGGUUUGGGGAAUUCAGUUUGAUACGGAUAGCGUCCCAUUGGUCUACUUACGUGAUGUAUCGCUCAAUGGGAUGUUGAUAAAUGGACAGACAAUAGGGCGGAAUCAGACGGCUCUUCUCUACGAUGGGGAUAUCAUAGAAGUGAGAUGUGUAGCUGUAUUUAGGUUUCGGGAAUUUGAAUGUGCCCAAUGGCUGCAAAUACCAACGAGACAGAGUAGAAUCAAGGAAUGGACCAUAAGCAACAGGAUGUUGGGUUCAGGCUCUUUUGGAUCAGUUUACGUUGCGAAGUAUAAGGAUGAGAAGAAAAAUUUUGCAGUCAAGGUAAUAAAGGGAUUGAGUAACUCGAAUAAUCCGUCAUUACGCCAGGAGCGGUUUAAAAAUGAAGCUGAGAUUUUACUGAAAAUAAACCACGUAUGUGUACCAUAAUACUUUAUUGAAACAUUUAAUUGUCAACUGAAAACUAAUAAAUAUAGCCUAAUAUUAUUAAGGUCCAUGAUACCCUUUUACUAGACGAACAUAUCUACAUUUUUGAAGACUUAAUUUGUGGAGGAGACUUAUUUUCGUAUCUUAUUAAGGGAAAUUGCCUUAAGGCUAUACCCGAGAACGAGGUGAUUCUUAUAGUAUUCCAACUUUUGCAAGCGCUUGACUAUUUACAUAAUCAGCUCCAAGUAAUUCAUAGAGAUUUGAAAUUGGACAAUGUUUUGCUUAAAGCACCGAUACCGUGCACAAAAAUUAUACUUUGUGACUUCGGUAUUGCGAAAUCGUUACAACGAUUGAAUCAACGAACAAAAACCAUAGUCGGUACCGUGGAAUACAGUGCACCUGAGAUAUUUACUCUCGAUAAAAGGCUAAAUGAACAUAAUAAUAUACAAGCCUUCACCAAAACGUGGUUUAAAGGUGAGGGUUACGAUUAUAAAUGUGAUACUUGGUCACUAGGUAUUAUGAUUCAUAUCAUGUUAUCCGGUAUAUCACCCUUUUACAGUGAUGGCGACGAAGUUGGAAUGGUCAGGAGUGCUAAAUUAGGACAACUUAAUUUUGGACGACACCAAUGGCAAAACGUGAGUCCCGCUGCAAAAGAUUUCAUUCGAAAGUUAGUGGAAAUUGAUCCCAUUAAAAGAUAUAAUAUUGAUGAAUGCAUAAAACAUGAGUGGAUUUCAAAACGUCAACCCCAACUACAGCAAAUUUAUGAAUCGAAAAUACUUCAUCAGUAA